CAGUGACCCCAUCUGAAAGUCAAUAAAGUGAACGUUCUUGAUCAUAAAUUCAUGUUGUACCUUCACUUUUGACCGUUCGAUUGAUUAAGUACUCUUUAAAAUCUGGCGGUAAAUUAACGGUUGCACAGUUGCUUUUUUUGGGGAGAACAGUUGUGGUUAUCAAUUGCUUGUUGGAAAGAGAAGAUUGUUGUGAUUUGAAAAUCUGAACAUCCAAAGUGGGACCCAAGCCCAUGGAUUGUCUCAAGGAGGAAUUUUAGAGAGGACCAAAAGGCUAAUUCAGUUCUUUGGUCUUAUCAUGCAAAAUUUCUACUAAUUGUCUGCAACAAUUCUUUGCAACUGUUAACACCCUUGUAUUUCUUUUUCUUUGUGGGAGCUCUAGACAUCCAUGGCAACAGAGGAAAACGAGACAUCCAAUGGAUGGCCACUUGGGCUACAGAUCAUGACCAUAAGACUUCGAGUGAUGGAAAGCAUACAGGCUGCUCCAGCUGAAUCAUAUUCCCCUGGACACUUGCGCUUGCCCACUUUUUCCUCUUUCUCAUCCUCCAACCUUGACACUGAGUCUACAGCAUCCUUCUUCCAAGACAAUAGCAUGUCACUGGGCCGGCUAAUUGGCAUUCGACCAGGCAAAGGCAAUGGAGACUUGUACUGGCCGAGCAGAAUUUGCUUAGACGAACGAGAAAGGAGAUCAGUAAGGACAGUGAGCUCUGAAGUUUCCAGAGGACAAAGACCAGAAAUGGCACAAGGAAUUUGCAUUCCUCUACUAGUUGGCACCCUAGAAAAGAUGAGCAAAAGCAAGAGCAAGACAAGACAAUGAAUUUUUAGCGGUGAGGCAUUAGAAGGGAAUAAACAUCAUUGACAUGUAUCAUUUUCUAAUGUCUUCUGUUCUGUUAUUUUCUAUAUUUUAGAAAGAUCCACUGUAAAUUGAACUGUUAAUGUUCUAAUUCACAUCCAAUAGAGCAUUGUUAUGUUUCUUCCUGGAGAA